AUGCAGAAGGAAGUGGCCGAGAGCAGCUUCCUCCAUCUCUAUGGCGAGGCCGUCCGGUCCAUGAUCGAGCGCCAUGAGGCAGCGACGGGCUCCUCGGCGCUCAACGACGACUUGACCGCGAAGCUCGAAGCCUUUGGCUACGACGUGGGCUACCGCUUCGUGGAGCGCUUCUCGCGCGACCGGUCGCGUCUCCUCGAGCCGCUCGAUAUUAUCAAGUUUAUCUGCAAGGACUUUUGGAUCCACAUCUUCAAGAAGCAGAUCGACAAGCUCCAGACCAACCACCGCGGUGUGUUUGUGCUGCAAGACUUUAACUUUCGCUGGAUCCACGCGCUCUCAGCCGAGACCGACGCCGAGUCCAAGCAGAAGGCGCUCGUCUUCCUCGUCUUUCCCUGCGGCGUCCUCCGCGGCGCGCUCGCCAACCUCGGCCUCCUCGCGAUUGUCAACGCCGACCUCAACGCUGUGCCCGGAUGCGUGUUCAACAUCAAGAUUCGGUAG